CCCAACCAUCGCCAAUACAACUUUCUGCUGCUCUCCAUUUCCGCUGGCGCACUCGCAAAAGUUCUCGUCGCAUUACCCUCUAGCCUCACAAUAUCGAUCCAAUUGACAUUUUGGGCAACAUGACAGAGACGACACAGCCUGAAAAGACCGACGAGAUCGUUGGGACAAGCGAAACCUCCUUCGUAGAAAGACCUGAUGUAGAUCUGAGGCGCGAACCCGAGGAAGAUGGAUUAAAACGGCAACGACCCGACGAUGACGGCAGCGACACGUUAUGCAACAACGAAGGUAUAAAACGUGCUAAACACAACCAUAAAGACGGCGACCUUGUUAACCAUAAAGACGACCAAGAUGACGAAGUUGCGACGAGAGACCUCGAGCGCGAUUUCGACUGCGAAUCCGAAUCGCCCAAACUCUCCAAGAACCAACAACGAAAGCUGAGGCGAAAAUUACAUUGGGAGGCCAAGAAACAUGAGAAGAAAUUCCAUCGUAAGGAGAAGCGCGCGGAGAAAAAGGAACGGGCGCGAAAAGAGAGGGAGGCAGAGAUCGCCGCUGCUGCCGCUGAAGGGAGAGAACCAGUCCUUGAGGAUAUUACCAAGCGACAACCUAGACCGGACGCUAUCCACGUACCAAUUGCUAUCAUAAUAGAUUGCCAAUACGAAAAAUACAUGAUGGACAAGGAAUUGGUGUCUCUAUCAAGCCAGGUCACCAGAUGCUAUUCCGACAACAAGAACGCAAAAUUCCCUGUUCACAUGUUCGUCAGCUCCUACGGAGGCAAGAUGCAGGAAAGAUACGAAAAGGUGCUGAACAACCAACACACAGGCUGGAAGAAUGUUCACUUUACUGAAGGCGACUUUGUCAGUGCUGCCGCUGAGGCUCAGAAGUUAAUGGCCAGUUCAGGGGAAGAACAAAAAAUCGAAUUACUAGAACAAGGCAAAGAAGGUGAUUCUAUUUCACUAACCAAAACCGACGACCCCAAGAAGCUGAAGAAAUCUACUCCCGUCCCCGAACCCGAAGCCGACGAUGUAGAUAAAUCCAUCGUCUACCUGACCGCCGAUUCCCCUUACACUCUCGAUCGCCUCGAACCGAACACCUCCUACGUUAUAGGUGGCAUAAUUGACAAGAACCGCGAAAAGGGCUUGUGUUACAAGAUUGCGCGGGGCAAGAAUGUACGCACAGCAAAGCUACCUAUCGGCGAGUUCAUGGUAAUGCAAAGCCGUCACGUCCUCACCACGAACCAUGUCAUGGAGAUUAUGCUUCAAUGGCUAGAGACAGGUGAUUGGGGUGCUGCUUUCAUGAAGGUCAUUCCUACGCGAAAAGGAGGGCAAUUGAAGGAAGACGAGCAGGAACACGAGAGCACUCCCGAUGGUGUUCAGGACGAAUCAGUAAAGGCGACUCAGGGAUCCCAACCGAAACAAGACGUGGCCACAGCCAAUGAUCACGAGGACAUUCCAUCAAAUACAAACGGACAAGAAACACCGAACACCAAAGGAUCGAAUAAAAUCGAUGAAGCCGCCAGUUAACGACAGCCGUCUCGCUGCCUCGCUCUAUGCCGACUUACAUGUAUCGCCGAAUACUCUUACAAAUAUGCACAUACUCAAUCAUAACUAACAAGUGACGGAAAUGUCCCAUGGGACACGCUUUUGACGCAUUAUUAUACCCAUCGCAAUUCAACACGAAGAGAACUUAGGACAUUAGAGGUUGAGCAUGGUGCGUCCCUCCCCCGUACUUUUCUCAAGAUCUUUCAGCGCAACUUCAACAACUUGAUUUGAUAUGUUGUGGGGGGUCAUGGAUUGAGAUAAAUCGGGUUUGUCUCAAUGCGGGUUCCGGCACAUACACUCUAAGUAUAAACCCCAGCGGAUAUAUACAUGAUGCUCAGCUAGAGCAGCAAGCUUACGGUGUCCCUCAGGGAGUCAUGAUUUAG